AUGUUCGUUUUUAAUUCUAAAUAUAAAAUAUUUUUUACGAAUUUCUUCCGUACAUCAUCAGUUGUGAUCGCUGAAAUUCCUUGAAUCCUCUUUUUUUUGUUUUGUUAUUAAUUCAAUUUCGUAUUUGUCAAUUCGUUUGACGUAUUUCAAAGAGAAUGGAGAAUUUUCUCGCGAAGAAGUACAAAUUGGUGUCCAGCGAAAACUUCGAUGAAUUCAUGAAAGCCGUUGGAGUUGGUCUCGUGACAAGGAAGAUCGGUAACUCGCUGAGCCCGGUCAUCGAGUUGAGUAUGAACGGUGACGACUGCUACGUCUUAUCUUCAACUUCGACCUUCAAAAAUGUUGUAACGAAGUUCAAACCCGGAAUUGAAAUAGACGAUGAAACGCCUGACGGGAGGAAGGUGAAGUCUUUCUUCUGUGUAGAUGGUAACGUCGUUACAGAGAAGCAGAUCGAUGCAGCCGGUAAAGUUACAACAAUCGAAAGGACGUGGACCGAGGAUGAAGUUAAGAUGAUCUUGAAAGUUGACGGCGUUACCUGCACCAGAAUCUACAAGGCCUUAUCUGCAUGAUUGUAAUUUCAUUGAAUUGCACUGAAAACUUCUUAAAUUGUCCAAUAGUUUGCUACCAGACGUAGGUGUAAUAUGGCCAAGACUAAAUAUUUUCCAUUUUUCUGAUUCAUUUCUCAUAGGUUUAGUAAAUAAAAAAAAAAUACAUAAUUCUUAUGAUAUUGGAAUU